CCGACCGGCGUGUUUCAUUUCGGACUAGACAUGCGAGCGUAUCAGUAUGGAACUCUUCGAUCUGUAAUGCACAGCUUUCUCCGCUGCUUUGAUAUACUCUUUAACGUUCAAAUGUAAUUGAAUGAAGACAAGAGAAACAAGUUUCUUUUUUAAAAAAACAAAAUAAGAAGAAGAAGUGAAUUAAAGCGAAUUUUUUAAAAAUAAUAAUAACAAAGAAAAAAAGGGGCGAAAGGGGAAAAAAGCGAGAGGCAGUCUGUUAAUGAGUUUCACAAUUGUUCGAGAUGUCAUUCUUUUUCACAAACAUUUUAAGUAGACAAACGAUAAAUUUACUGGUGCCAUCUUUCACAUUCGUUUUAAAUUUAAAAACCAGAAGCAAUCAAUUCAAAACUGCAUUCGUACUUGAUCUCAGAAUUGAAAGUUAAUGAGAAGAAACAGUAACAUUCCAAAACUAUUUCAUUAGCGAACUUGACUUUGUUUAAGAACUGGAUUUUCCUUAAAUAAUUAAGAAUGCUGAUUCCAAAAGAUCAACAAAUGCUGUGCCUUCGAGGGAGGCCAGUGACAGCAGACGAUUUUCCUCCCAACCAUUCCAAUACGGUGCAAAGGUAUCGCAUCCUUGGUAAAAAAGGAGAGGGAAGUUUUGCCGAAGUGAUGGCCUGCCAGAAUCUGACAGACGGACAACUAUACGCUUGCAAAACUCUCAAAAGGCACUUUGUAAGUGUUGAGCAGGCUCUUGGGCUCACCGAAGUCAGGGCUCUGAGAAGACUGCGUCCUCACGUGAAUGUGGUCCAAUUACAUGAUAUCAUAUUUGAUAAAAAAUCCGGUCGUCUAGCUUUGAUCUUUGAGCUUAUGGACUUAAAUAUGUAUGAGCUCUUAAAAGCUCGUAAAAAACCACUGCCAGAAUUUCGAGUAAAGAGCUAUAUGUACCAGUUGCUUAGAUCCCUCGAUCAUAUACACAGGCAUGGUAUCUUCCAUAGAGAUGUCAAACCCGAAAAUUUGCUCAUUAGAGACAAUCUUCUAAAGUUGGCCGAUUUCGGUAGCUGUAGAGGCAUUAACACCAAGAGGCCUUACACUGAGUAUAUUUCCACUCGAUGGUACAGACCACCCGAAUGCUUACUGACCAGCGGCUAUUAUUCUCACAAAAUGGACAUGUGGGCUGCGGGAUGUGUCUUCUUUGAAGCUUUAACAAAUCUUCCUUUGUUUCCUGGAAGCAGUGAAAUCGAUCAAUUGUCAAAAAUUCACAAUGUUCUGGGAACGCCAAAAUCUUCCAUAAUAGCCAAACUCCGUCGCCACAAGCGACUGACCGGAGUGGACUUUAAUUUUCAACCUUACCAAGGAAUUGGAAUCGCCAUCUUAGCACCUGGGGCAUCACCCGAAGCUCUUGAACUUCUGGUCAGCCUUUGUUCGUACGACGAAGAUGACAGACCGUCUGCUCGACAAGCCCUCAAGAACGCUUAUUUCUUAGAUUUCAGGCUUGCCGAGAAGUAUCAGCAUUCUGGUCGUCUCUCUUCUCGAAAUACGGGCAAGAGAACGUCUUCCGCCUCCAAACAGUCCUCACCCCUCUCCCCAAGGAGUGGACCCGUCUCCAGAGUGGAUGAUGAUGUGUCAAAUCCCGCAACCAGAGAAACAAAGAAACACCGCUCCGAGCAGCUAUUGCUUUUGCCAACUGUAGAAAUCAAUGGCCAUGGAUUACGCCAAGAAAUCCGAGGCAGCCGAAGUCUAGGGCUGGAAGUCGUCAAAUGCAAGACAAACAGAUCUGUGAACUUACCUCCCAUACCAGGAAAAUCAAGAAAGAAAAAGGUGAAGCACUAUAAUCAUGACCACAGGAAUCCUCACCAAGGUAGCAACGUUUCUCAACUGCCACCUAUAAACCACCCUUGGAGACCUUGAGGAUGAAUUUUUUAAAGAAGAAUACUUACUCAAAGCAACUGAGAACUCUAAAGAAAGCAGUGCCAUAUUGCUCGGGGAAUGACAAACUCCUUCACAAGUGUAGAGCUGAAUGCAAUGCACUUUUUUUCACCAAUAGAAAAUCACUUUGUUGGACAUUAAACAUGUACAGACACUGAGCAGAUCCAGUACAAGUAAACGAAUGAGUUGGAAAGAAUUCCUGAUAGGUGUGUAAAGGUAAAAAUAUAGCUAAAGAAACGUUUUCUAUUGAUCCAAAUGUUUUCAUUUCGAAAUACACAAUGAUU